ACGAUACAACAGGAUUGCAAACUGGCGACUGCUGGCAAUCAACAGUUUAUAUACAAAAUGGACGAAACUGCAUUUGUCUUUCUGCCGCGACCGAAGCCUCCUGCUCCAAGCCAUGUCAACGCCUGGGCUUUGCGCAACAUGUUGGCUCUUCGCCUGGAGCCUCAAACCGGCAUUCACAAGCCGGCACUGGCAUCGCUCGGCAGGAACGCACUCGUGAACGCCCCAUACACGCAACACGGCCACGCUGGACACUCUUACGGAUUUGCGCGUCAGAAUGAGCCCGACACGUCAGAGCCGUUGGAUGGCGCUUGCCGACAACCCCUCCACCCGCUCCACUCCGCCCAGAACCUGCCGGCGCAGCCGGGUGCCGUUGCAGCAACCCAUGGCGGGAGAUCUGGGUGCGCGUCUGCGUCAUCCGCAUACGAGGCCGCCUCAACUCGGCUGGACGGAGCUUGCAAAGGCGCUCGUGGGGACAAUGCUGGUCAAGCUGGGUCAAGGGCGCAGGGCGCAGCUGGCGAUUUUUACAGCGGCCUGGACAAGCAUGGACGGGCCAGGCGCGCUGCAGCCGGCCGCACACCAGCCGUUGCAGUCGGCCCCCGGUGCUGGGCGAUCUGGGUCAGCCGCAACCGCCACCGCCACGGAGCAUCACGCAGCCGCAGCUGCCAAGCCCUGGUGGGAAGUGGAGAUGGCGGAACUGGAUGCAAUGCUGGGCGGCGGGGCCGGCGGGACCGGCGAUCGGAGAGCCCAUGGCUGUGUUUCCCAGGUGCACGGUGCGGGUGGGCCCGGCGCAGCGUACCCACACCGCCCGGGUGCAGUCCAGGCGUCAUCAGGACUGGGGUCGGCAGCUGGGGCAGGGGGGCACCACCAGACCGGGCGCGCAGCGGGAGAUCAAACCUCACCGGGGCCGGAGAACCUCUUGCCUGCGUUCCAGGCGCGGAGGGAAAGCGGGGGGCACGGCACGCGGCAGGCCGCGCUGUCAGCAAGUGGCCAGCGAGUUGCGCCUGGUGCUACCACCAGCCCCGAUGGCUCUGCACCCGCGGCCGCCCAGCCACCCCGGCCACAGCCACAGCCUCAGCGCCAAGCGCCGGCGCCUCCUCAGCCCCCGCCCCAACCAGCACAGCCACAAGCGCGCGAGUCGGCCUGGCGCCCUGCCUGGUCCUCCGGGGGCGCCACGGCAUCUGCGGCGUCCGCAGCAGGCGGGGCUGGCGGGGCCGCCGCCUCAGGCCCAGGCUCAGGAGCAGCAGCUGCUGCGGCGGCGCAGGGCGCUGCGGGCGGCCAACGCAAGCGACAGCGGGCUGCGCCCGCACCCGGCGAGGUCGCUGCAGGGGCGGCCGCGGACUGCCCAUCCACCAGCGAUGGACCCGGCCUGAGGCCUACACCUGUGGCGCCAGAGCCAAAGAAGCGGGCUGGCGCCGCGGGCAAGGCUGUUGGGCCGGUCACCACGGCUGCACGCGCUGCGUUCCAGGCGCUGUGUGAGCCGCUGGAUGACCGCGGCGAGGCCGGAGCAGCGGCGGGGCUGGCGGGACCGGGGCCGGGGCCGGGGUCGGAGGCAGCGCGGCGGUGUGUUGGUCCGGCGCUGGUUCGAGACGUGUGCAGUCCACAGAUCUCCUCCGAGCUGCGCUCCGCGGUCCGCAGCGCCCGUGUGCUGCUGGUGGGGCUGCUGUAUGCGGCCUGCGAGGGGCCGGUGUGGCAGUACGUCACCAACAUGCAGCCGGCUCUGGCCAAGCCACAGCGCGAUUGCCUGCUUAAAGCGCGGCGGCUGCUGGCAAAGGACCCCGAGCUGCUUGCCGCAUCCAUUACCGCCAUCGCCGCCGCCGCAGCCCCUGCGCCACCGCCUGCACCUGGACGUGGCCCGGCCGCUGCCUCCGCCGCCGCCCAGCCCGCACCGGCUGGCGGUGCCUGUCCUGGCCAAGGCGCGGCGCGGCUCCGGCCGGGCGUCGGCGUGUUGGCAACGGAGCAGCAGGAGGUGUGUGUGGGCAUCGGCGUCAUGUGCCUGGACCAGGCGGGCUUUGAGGCCCUGUUGGCGGCAGCGACGGGCGCAGCAGGCAGCGCCGCGGCGCCAGCAAAGCUGACGGAUGCAGCCGCCGCCGCCAAUGCGCCGCUGUACCUGCUCCGGACCAUCCCGUGGCCGCCGCCGCACCUGCCAGCGACGGGGACGGUGGCGGGCGGAGGAGUGCCUGGCGGCGCGGCCGCCGCGCGGGGCCGCCCGGGGGCUGGCGGCGGCGGCGGGGCCCCGGGCGCCGUGCCGCGGCCGGCGCUGCUGUCGCUGCUGGAUGAGAUGCUGGUGUCGGCGCCCUGCCCGGCGCUGUGCUGCAACGCCAAGGCGCUCAUCAGGGAGGCGCUGGCUCUGGGCUGGCGUCCGCCACCGCCCUGGCGGCUGCGGCUGCUGGACCCAGUGCUGCUGGCGUGGCUGGAGGCGCCGCAGCUGGCGCAGCGGGACGAGAAGGAGAUAGAGGCCUAUACACUCGAGACGCUGUGUGGGCCGCGCCUGGGAGUCAGCCUCGACAGCAGCGGCGGGGCCGGCAGUGAGCUGGCUGGCCCGCUGCUGCGGCUGCGGCGGGGGCUGGUGGCCAGUGCCCAGCUGUUCGAGACGGUGCGGCUGCGGGCUCAGCCCUGGCUGCGGCCGGAGGCGGUGCAGGUGGAGAUGCAGCUGGCCUUCCUGCUGGGCCGCAUGGAGGCGGUGGGCAUGGCGGUGGACGCGGAGGGACUGGAGCGCAAGGCCGGGGCGGUGCAGGCGCGCAUGGACGCCCUGUCCGCCUCCGCCUGUCGGCUGCUGGGCGGCCGCGCCCUCAACCUGGGCUCGGCGGCGCAGCUGGCCGUGGUGCUGUACCAGGAGCUCAGGCUGCCGCCGCCGCCACAGCUGGGAGGAGGAGGGGGAGGAGGGGGCCAGAUGGACCCGGGCACGGACCGGCACGGCCGCGCUCGCACGCACCUACCCACUGACGAGGCGGCGCUGAAGCACCUGGCGCCACUGCACCCGCUGCCGGGCCUGGUGCUGCAGUACCGGGCGCUGCAGAACGUGCGCACCAAGUGGCUGCAACCCGACUGGCUGCCGCUGCUGGUGGCGCGCAGCGGAGGCCUCGCGCUGCCGGGAGCAGGCGGCGGCGGGAGUGGCGGCGGCGGCCAGCUGCAGCUGCCGCGGCUGUCGUGCAGCUGGAACCAGACGCAGACCGCCACCGGCCGCCUGUCUUCCUCCUCGCCCAACCUGCAGGCGGUCACCAAGUACGAGGUCAAGGUGGAGGUGGCGGCGGCGGACUGGCCAGAGGGACUGGAACAGGAGGAGCCGCAGCAGGCGGAGGAGCAGGAGCAGGCGGGCCAAAGUGACAGCGGUGGAGGCGGCAGCGGUGGCGACGGCGGCGUGCGCACACUGACGGUGGUGGCGCGCGCCGCGUUCGUGGCGCCGGCGGGCAGGUUGCUGGUGAGCGCCGACUACAGCCAGAUAGAGCUGCGGCUGCUGGCACAUCUCAGCGGCGACAUGCGGCUGCAGCAGCUGCUGAGGUCGGGCGGCGACGUGUUCCGACAGAUCGCGGCGGCAUGGCUGCGGCCGGGCACCCAGCCAGCCAGCAUCAGCAGCCGGGACCGCGAGCAGGCCAAGCGCAUCAUCUACGCCAUCAUCUACGGGAUGUCGCCGCAGGGCCUGGCGCAAGCACUGAGCGACCACGGCGUGGAGGUGAAGGAGGCCACAGCGCUGCGCUCGUCCUUCCUGCGCCACUUCGCCGGCGUGCAGAGCUUCAUCACCUCGAGCCUGCACCAUGCGCGGCGCCACGGCUUCAUCACCACGGGGCUGCUGGGCCGGCGCCGCCCCAUCUCCGGCCUCGCCAGCAACGACGUGCGAUUGCGCGCUGAGGCGGAGCGCAAGGUGGUCAACAGCAUCGUGCAGGGAUCCGCCGCGGACCUCAUCAAGAUGGCCAUGACCAUGUGGGGCACCUACAGCCACCCGCCGGCAGCAGGCGCCAACGAGCAGCAGAAGCAGAAGCAGCCGCAGCCGCAGCAGACGGGAGGUGCGGCGGGUGCCGCUACCGGCACAAGGGCGGCGGCGACUGAUGCGGCGCCGCAGCUGCCGCCCGGCUGCCCGCCGCCGCUGGAGGAGGGCUGUGUGGACCUCAUUGGAAGCAUCCACGACGAGAUCCUGUUCGAAUGUGACGCGCGGCCCGAGGUGCUGCAGCGGCUGGUGGCGGCUGUGCGCUGCCUCAUGUGCGGGGUGGUGGCUCUGGACGUGCCGCUGUGCGUCAAGUUGUCGGUGGGCCAGUCCUGGGGCAGCCUGCAGGAACUGCCGGACGAAUUUGGUCAGGAGGCGCCCGCAGCUGAGCCAGCCUGAAUGGACGGGGCGUGGCGCACAUGUGUGUACUACGAGGCGAAAGUGGAGAAAGGGACGCAGGAUGAACAAAACAUGGGCAUGCAUUCAAUGAACGCAGCGAUGAUCAUGUGCUCAGGCGACCCUUGGAGUAGCAUGGAUGAGCAGCGUACAUUGUAUUUAUGGCAAAGUCUGUAAGGGGGUCUGACACGGUGAGCGUACGGUACCGUAUGUGGUGCAUGAGGUCCGUCCUUAACAUUUGCAGCCACGAAGGCCGGGCGACGUGUAGAGAGCAUGGGGUCCUGGCGGAUGCCGUCUUUCGGUCUGCGUGAGAAUGGGGUGUGCGGUUGCCGUCGUGUCCAGCAGGGAGCAAGUGGGCUGGUUGAUGCAUGGCCGCUGGGAUUGGUGAGGUAGGGUGGUGGUGGUCGAGGUUUGCCGCUAGGUAGAUGCAAGGUUGGGUACCGUAUGUGCGUGGAGCCCGUCCCUAAGCUGUUAGCUGACCGCUGUCUACAUUCGCUGUCUCAGCUCUUGAUGCGCUGGUGACGACAAGGGCCGAAAGGGGGCAAGGGCACAUAGGCCAGUGUAGCAGAUUGGAUGCGCUUUGCACCACCACCACCACACCACCAACAGCUUCAGUUGUGGGCAGGGUCCCCUGGUUGUGGUGCAUCGUACGGCUGAUGACCAAAUUCACAGCCUGCAUAGCUCUCGAACAUAUGCCAUUCUCAGGGCAGUCCUCACCCUUUAGCUACGCCUGCACUUGCAUUCGGGUCUAUCUUGUAACCACACACGAGA